AUGAGUUGUGUUAUAGAUGCUAUUGUGGGAAAAAUAUUAGAUCCAAUAUUUGACUAUUUGUUCGCAUCAAUUGGGCGUCAAAUUGGUUAUCUGGUUAAAUAUAAGGAAAAUAUUGAGAGUUUGGAAAAAGAAGUGAACGAUCUUAAAGGUGUGAGGGACAGAGUCCAAGCAGCAGUCAACAGAGCCACGGACAAUGGGAUGACCAUUGAGAAGGAUGCUAAGAAGUGGCUGGAGGAAGUGCAGCAGUCGUUGACGACUUUGGAAGAAGUGAACAAAUCAUUGCAAGGCAGAACAAAUCUCAAAUGUCUUGAUGUACGUUCACGGUAUAGGAUUGGUAAGAAAGGGAAAAAGAUGGCGAUGGAUGCUAUCAAACUAAAAGAGAAACACAAUACGUUUGGCGAUGAAGUUGCACACCCUACUCCUCUCAAAGACAUUUGGUACACAUCCAGCACAAGUUAUGAGCAUUUUGAUACCAGAAAAUCAGUCUUUGAAGAGAUCAUGCAGGCCUUGAGAGAUGAUAAGAAUUUCAAAAUUGGGAUAUAUGGAAUGGCAGGCGUUGGCAAGACAACAUUGGUGGAGGAAGUUGGCAAACAAGCUAAAAAGGUUCCUUUUGAUGAGGUCGCUAUGGCAGUUUUUUCUCAGAAGCCGGAUUUGAGACAAAUUCAAGGAAAACUUGCGAACUGUUUAAAUCUGAAACUAGAUAAUGAGAGUGAAGAAUGGAGAGCCGGUCAACUAUACAAUAGAUUGAAGAAUGGGAAAAAAAUUCUUGUAAUAUUGGAUGACAUUUGGGAUGAUCAGAUUACAUUGAAGAAAAUAGGAAUUCCAGCAGAAAAUAGCACGGGUUGCAAAAUUUUGCUAACCUCUCGAAGACUGGAAGUGUGCAAACAAAUGGGGUUUGAAAAAAACUUCCCAAUUGGACUCCUGUCGGGAGCUGAAGCUUGGCAACUAUUCAGGAAAACAGUUGGAGAUUUUAUAGAAGUUGAUAUUGAUAUUCACUCUGUAGCAGAACAAGUGUGCAGAGAAUGUGAUCAUCUACCGUUGGCAAUUUGUGCAGUUGGAGGGGCAUUGAGCAGUGAGGAAGAUAAGCGUGUAUGGAAUGAUGCACUUGAACAACUGAAACAUUUUCAUAGAUAUAAAAUUGAUAGAAUGAAAGAAAAAGUGUAUUUAUGCAUUGAGUGGAGCUACAUGUAUCUGAAGCAGGAAGAUGUGCAGUCAUGCUUUCUGUAUUGCUCUUUGUUUCCUGAAGAUACUGAGAUUCCAAUUGACCUUUUGGUACCUUUUCGAGUAGGAACGAAGUUUCUUGGAAGCAUGGAUAGAACAUCAAUGAAACAAGUAAGAGAUAGAACACUUGUGAUAGUUGGUAUCCUUAAAAAAUCUAAUUUGUUGUUAGAAGGUGAAGACAACAUGGUUAAAAUGCAUGACGUAAUUCGAGAUGUUGCCAUAUCAAUUGCAUUAUCAAAAAAUGAGAAUGCAUUUCUAGUGCAAGAUGGUGUCAAUGUUUGGCCUGAUAAAGAUGAUUAUAAAUGUUGCAAAGCCAUCUCAUUAAGGGCUUCCUGCAAUAUUCGUCGGCUUCCUGAUCAGUUAGAAUGUCCAGUACUACGCACUUUAGUAUUGGGAUCAUCCGAUGAUUCACUACUAGAACUCCCAAAUAGCUUUUUUGAAGGGAUGAAAAAGCUUGAAGUUUUGGUUUUGGACAACAUGAAACUAGCACCAUCGUCACUUUCACAUUUGGUUGGUCUCCGGAUGUUGUGUCUAAGUGAUUGUGAAUUGGUAAACCUAUCUUUCAUCAAGGAAUUGAAAAACCUUGAGAUACUGGUCAUUGGUUAUAUUUAUGAAUUCAAAGAGAUGGUUGUGGAAAUAGGACAAUUGACUUCUUUACGGUUGUUGGAUUUAAGAAAAUUUAACAAAGAUAUAGGAUUUCCAUCGGGUUCCCUGUCAUGUCUAUCCGAUCUCGAGGAAUUGUACAUUUGGAAGGAAUAUAAUGGAUGGGAGGUUGAAGGCAAUGCAAGCAUUGUUGAGAUAAAUUGUUUGACUAGCUUAACCGCUUUAGAUAUUUGUAUACCAAAAGAUGUCUUCUUACUACUGCCCAAGGACCUUCCCAGCUUUCAGCUGUUAACGAAAUAUAAAAUAUGGAUUGGGUCGAGAAAAAAUUAUUUUUAUUCACUGCUUGACCGAUACACAGAAACAAAGGUCUUGGGACUUGUGGGUAUUCCUUUGAUGGAUGGGCUUGACGUUUUGAUUGCGAACGCUGAAGUACUAUAUUUGGUUCAUUUGGAAGGUUCAAAGAAGGUGCUUCACAACAGAGACGGAGAGUGGUUUUCAGACUUGAAGUUUCUUAGAGUUUGGGGAUGUGAGGACAUGGAACAUCUACUUGGCAAACCCAAAGGGAAUUCAAAAACUCAUGGACCAUCUCCAUUGGGUUCUUUUGUAUCUGUUCUCGGCCUCCACUGCAAGAUGUCUUCCAAGACCACAUCAACUACUUGUUAG